CACGUCCCACCGAGCGUGCCCGCACGCUUCGGGUUUGCGCAGGAGGACCCGCUGGAUGAUGUACGGUCGCUUGAGAAGGAGACAAUAGCAUACCUCGAAGGCACCCCCGCCUCCAGCCAAUCCGAACGCGAGAUCGCACCGGUUCUCGGAUGACCAGCAGGAGGCUAUGGUUGCGCUUGUGCAUGAGCUGUUGCCUUAUGAGGAGCCGGAGGCUGAGGGUGCGGGCGACGUGAUGGAAGGGGUUGAGGGGGCGAAUGGGGACAUCGCGAAUAUGGAGAGGUAAUCUGCAUCUCGCAAUGGAAUGGGAUGCGCGAUUUUUGGCAUGGAAGAUUGGGAUGGUCGGUUGCCUGCUGCUGGCUCCCGCUUGGAGCAAUAUGUGCGCUCCAUGUGGGAAGGCGGACGGAGCCAAGAUGUCAGCUUGGAAACUGCGCGGAAUGGGAAGGAAUGCCCCUAUGCCCGAAGCAACAUACAGAAGGAUAUGGUUCGAAAGGCCGGGGACUUCCCGUUCCCGUCGACGGAUAUUACUCUGGCUGCGUACAGUAUGCUGGCAUACUGGCUACUUCUGGAGCUUUGGGUGCCCGCCUACUGGCGAUUGGGUGGACGUUGCGUCUCGCCGGCAGCCAGCAGGAAACAUAUGCGUUUGCCGUGUAAGUAGUCGUUGGGAUUUUGAACAUAACGAGACUAAAUACCGGCGGCUUUCCCAGCCGGAAUUCUGAUGAGCGUCAAGAUGACUGAUUGGCUUGAGAUUACGGUCGAUUGGUUUCCUGAUGAGCGAGGCCCCGACCCUUUCCACAUUCAUCUGUUUGCAAGGAACGCGAGCAUAGCUUGCAACC